CCUCAAUCCUCGCCGCCGGCGAUUUGUUUCCUCCCGCAGAAAAGCGCGCGUCUUUUCUUGUACAUCCGGCGGCAAAGAUGCAAUCCCCUGUUUUUUCGUUCGAUUCCUGUAAAAAGCUUUUCCAUGCAACUUCCCUUCAACACACGGAUGCUCUCGUUGAAAGGUAGACCACCGGUGCCCGUCGCUAUUCGUGUAAUCGGUCAAUAAUCCAACUCAAGAAUGAAGUUUGAACAGAGACAUCAUCAAAGAAUUGGAGGACAGUUCUGUACUAAUUUUCUUCCUCAAUCAUCCUCCAUACAAUCCCCUGUUCUUUCUUUUGUCCUGAUUCCCAUCAAAAUGGUGAAAACUUACAGACUGGGGCGACGACUUGAGAGCUUAAAAACUGUAAUUAUCAGACAAGUCUUGAUUGAGAUGGCUCAGUCAAUAUGAGGGCCCAGCCGGCUUACCAGUUGGGCAAUUUUGGAACACAAGAAAUCCCCAUCCAUUGUGGUUUGGAAGUCGAAACAGAGUAUUUACAGGAUAGAAACAGAGCAUCUGACUGCAAACACCAUUUGCGUAAGAACCUUACAACCAUGUUGAGAGCAGGGCUUCAACUCCCAAUAUCUCUGUUCUUGCUGCUGCUUGCUACAGCAGAUAGCCGGGCCAAAGAGCACUGCAAACCUUCUUCCUGCGGUGAAAUCCCCAUCAUAAAGCCCCCUUUCCGGCUCACAACCGAUCCUGAGAGCUGCGGGAUCCCCGAGUUUAGCCUGUCAUGCGAGAGCAAUACAACUGUGCUGAACCUGCGCUCGUAUGGCGGCAGCAGCUUCGGCAGGUACUACGUGAAGGCGAUCGACUACGACAACUUGACAAUCCGGUUGGUGGAUGAUGGGGUGAUUGAGGGAAAUUGCUCUUCCUUACCCACUCAUCCUAUGCUCCCUAUGCUCCCACCGAGGCGCUUCUACUAUUUUAAUCGGUUUCUAAGGGGCCGUGGACCAGAUGGCCAACAAUUAAUUAAAGGCUUGGCGCUGAUCAACUGCGACAACCCUGUUGACAAUUCAACUACGACUACACCACUAGUGAAUGUGGAAACAAGUCCUUGCAUCGAUUUCGGACCAAAUUCUUCUUCUUCGACGAGCUAUGCAGUUGUUGGUAGUGAUCUAGUGUUGUCAGAUUUGCCAGAGAUGUGCAGAGUGGAGAUGACAGCUAUGUUGCCAAUUACCAGUAACUACGAUUACAGCAGCAAGGUCACGUUUCAAGAAAUUCACCGCCAGCUUGAAUAUGGGUUCCAGCUUGAAUGGUACCAUGGUAGCGUACUUCACCUGCAAUUAUGUACAUUAACAUUGUUAAACACAUGCUUUUCAUACUUACAACACGUCACCUGCAAGUAUAUCGUCAACUGCAAGUAUAUACUUACAGCGUUUAUUGAAAGCGGUAUCAUUGACAUAGUUGCCUUAUAUCACCUGCUCCUGCGGGUACUUGGCACCCCUGUAGUUGUUGCACUUCUGGUGUAUAGAUGGCGGAGGAGGCAUCGAUCAGCAUAUCGCAGCAUCGAAGAGUUCCUCCGAAACCAAACCAACCUUGUGCCAAUAAGGUACUCUUACUAUCACAUCAAGAAAAUCACAGGUGGGUUCAAGGACAAGCUAGGCCAAGGCGGGUUUGGAUCCGUCUACAAAGCAAAGCUACGUGGUGGCGGUUUUGCCGCCGUCAAAAUGCUUGGGACCACCACCAACAACAACAACAAGCCAUCUGCAGCUGCUGCAAGGGGAGGGAAAGGGCAGGACUUUAUGAAUGAGGUUGCCACCAUCGGCAGGAUUCACCACGCCAAUGUGGUCCGCCUGAUCGGUUACUGCUCCGAAGGAUCAAAGCAAGCUCUGGUCUAUGAGUUCAUGGCGAAUGGCUCUCUUGACAAGCACAUCUCUCAAUCUCACCACAAGGAUGGUGGUGGUGGUGGUGGUGGUGAUGAUCAAAGGAGUACCGUCACCUCUUGUUUGAGCUUCGAGCAACUGUACCACAUCUCUCUGGGAGUGGCACGCGGGAUCGAGUAUCUGCACCGUGGGUGCGAGAUGCAGAUACUCCAUUUCGACAUCAAGCCACACAACAUCCUCCUGGACGAGAACUUCACCCCCAAGAUAUCCGAUUUCGGGCUGGCGAGGCUGAACCAAGCCGGUCGGGACAACGACAUCGCGACUCUGACUGCAGCAAGAGGGACCAUUGGGUACAUGGCACCAGAAUUGUUCUACAAGAACAUUGGAGGCGUCUCUAACAAAGCAGAUGUCUACAGCUUCGGGAUGCUGCUGUUGGAAAUGGCCGGGAAAAGAAGGAACUCGAAUAGCGCAGCGACGGAUCAAUCAACUGCUUACUUCCCCUCCUGGGUUCAUAACCAGGUCUCUAUGCCAGGGACUCCUAUUGUAGUGGGAGAAGUCACGGAGGAGGAAGAGGACAUUGCCAAGAAAAUGGUGAUAGUAGGAUUGUGGUGCAUUCAGACCAGUCCUUCCAAUCGCCCUCCAAUGAACAAAGUGGUGGAGAUGCUUGAAGGCAACUUGGAUAGCCUGGAAUUGCCUCCGAAACCUGUUUUGUAUGCAAGAGAAGCUGUUAUAACGAACGAAGAAGGAUCUUCUUCUUCAUUCGUGUCAUCCGAGUAUACACAAUCACUUAUCAUUAAUCAAUAAGUACUAAUGCUACCAAAAUAAUGGUACUGCAAUUCUUAAAUAUGUUUCCUCUUGAGUUUUCACUAGUACUGGUCAUUAUGUGCUAUUUUCCAUCACGUUAUGUACUAAUUCCCUUUCCGGAUUUGUGUGUGUCUGUCCUUCCUGUUUAUCUCAAGAUCUUCUUUCUUUCUGUUCGCUUUAGCAGUUCAAAGGAGUUUCUAGGCUCUAGCUACUUAAAAGUCUGGAUUAUCAAAAUAAAAGCGACAAUCAAAACUAAAUGGAAAAGGAGGAAGAGGUAAUAUACAAUCAGCGCAAGCUUGUAGUUUAGAAGUUCGUCACUUUCACCCACACCAACUCAGAAAACGAGAUAUGCUGCCUAACCUUUUUAUCCAUUAAGAAUGUUUUUCUUUUUCCUGGUCAGAUUCCAUUAAGAAUUUCGAAAUCACAGACAAGUUCUGUGAUUAUUAUUAAAUAAAAAAGUUAUCUGAAGCACCUGACUUCCACUUCUAAAAAGUGGGAAGGACCCCAGAUUCCAGGGUGUCCACUCUCCUCCUCAGCUGUUUCACAUUCACAUGGUGGCCAUAAUUUGACUGUUCAAAGACUGUAUUUAGAGUAAAAUAUCCACAAAAAAAUGAUUGGGAAGGCUUACAGUGAACCUUGCUGGUGUGGUUACUGGACAAACGCAAGAUGGAUCCCAGAGACGAACAUGGCUGAUAUUGCCAUUAGAAUUAUAGCUUGUGACUCCAUCAGAAGAUGGGCGGACUUGUCUGCACCUGUGAUCAUCUCUUUCCCAGCUCAGCUAACGUAGCCUCUGAAAUUCCAGUACCAGGUUCUUCAACCUCAGCAUCACGAGACAAUAUCAAGUCCAACAAUGACAAUCCGCAUGAUGGUACAAUGCAUUAUGUGACUGACAGGUUCCUUGACAAUAGCGAGUCCAAAACCCCAUUGAUCAAAUCAACCCAAAGGAAACUCUCGUUUGAGAAAUGUGACACAUUACAUGACAAUACUUUAUUCCUCCUUUGGUUUUCUCGUCCCACUAACAGAGGGAGUGGGAAACACCAACAUCCUUGAAUUGGUUUAUGCAGGCAAUCAUGUCGAGAGUAAGGCUUCCCCACCUGUCAUACUGAUGUAGUUCGAUUUAUCAUCUCACCAUUAUUCAUUUUGCUGCUACUCCUACAAGCUUGCAACGCUACUGAUGGCCGGGUGGACUGUGUACCUUCCUCCUGUGGAAACAUACCCAUCAUUAAAUCCCCCUUCCGACUCAAAACCGAUCCCGAGAGCUGUGGAGACCACAUAAUACCCUCUCAUGUGAGAGCAAUACAACGGUUCUGUAUCUGGGAUCUGCAAGAUACUAUGUGCAGGCAAUAAACUAUAAGAACUUGA